GAGACCGGAAGCGGAAGGCUUGAACGCGUUGGGUGGGCACCUGUGUGACCAGUAACCAUGCGCAGCUUGGAAGAGCCCGGGCCUCGCCCCGCAGCGACCCCGUGCGGGUGCGUGAAGCCGGCUCUGGAGACAGGGAAUCUUUUAACUGAGCCAAUUGGUUACUUGGAAUCCUGUUUCUCAGCCAAGAAUGGUACUCCAAGGCAGCCAUCCAUUUGUAGCCAUUCACGGGCUUGUUUGAGGAUUAGAAAAAGCAUCUUUAAUAAUCCUGAACAUUCCUUGAUGGGUUUAGAACAGUUUUCUCAUGUUUGGAUUUUGUUUGUUUUUCACAAAAAUGGUCAUUUGAGCUGUAAGGCAAAAGUGCAGCCUCCCAGGCUGAAUGGUGCGAAGACUGGCGUUUUCUCCACCAGGAGCCCACAUCGUCCCAAUGCAAUAGGACUGACGCUGGCCAAACUGGAAAAGGUAGAAGGUGGAGCCUUGUACCUUUCUGGAAUUGACAUGAUCCAUGGCACACCUGUGCUAGACAUAAAGCCCUAUAUUGCUGAUUAUGACUCGCCACAAAAUUUGACUGAGCCCUUAGGGGACUUUAAUUUACAGAAUAACCAACAUAAACCAAAAACCGUAUCCCAGUCUGAUGGCAAGACUGACAGCUGUUACCAGCAACAGCUCUCGAGAUAUGAUGAACCGCAACCCAACAGUUGUACCAAGGGGAAACCUAAAUGUCCCGAAGACAGAACUUCAGGAGAAAACGACAUGAAACAUGAUGACACAGUAAAAGUCCAGCGAAGCCCUGCUUCACACAGGGAACGAGCAGCAGAUUUGGGUGUUGAAUCAGAAAGUGGUCAGAGUCCGAGCAUGGCAGAAGAGCAAAGUGGCUCACAUCACCUGGAGAAGAGCUUUUCAGAGGAACAAGCAGACAGGAGGCUAAGGAGAGGGGAAAAAGCAGUGGUCCCACAAGGCAACAGUGCGGAGAUGCCACCCGAGGCUCUUCCCUGCCCUUCCAGGGCGGCCGGUGCAGCCCAUCACAGUGCGGUUCCCGCCUGGGUGAGAGAGGCCCCCGUGGCCUCCUUGGAAGUCCGGUUUACCCCGCACGCGGAGAUGGACCUUGGGCGCCUCAGCUCAGGCAUUGGUCAGGCUUCGUUUAAAUACUUUCGGUCGGCAGAGGAAGCGAGGCGGGCCAUCGAGGCUGUGCUGUCUGCUGACCCUCGGUCCGUGUAUCGCCGGAAGCUCUGCCAGGAUCGCCUUUUCUACUUUACUGUAGACAUAGCGCACAUCACGUGCUGGUUUGGUGAUGGCUUUGCAGAGGUCCUGAGGAUCAAGGCGGCUUCUGAGGCCGUUCAGAUGAAUGACCCUGAGGAGUCCUUGGUGUCUCUAGGAUCAUUCCACAUAUGAGCGAUCUCAUAUGGUAUUUUUCUUCGCCUGUCUCUUUAAGAACAAAGAAAUAUUUCAGAGAAGCCCCAAGCAGAUUUUUUUUGACAUCUCAUUGGCCAAGAAAGCAUCCUGUGCCUGUUUCUAAAUAAUCACUGGCAAGAGUGAUGGAAUCAUGACCAUGCUUACCUUAGACAAGUCCAAAUUGAGCCUUUGGGUACCCCAAGGGAUAAGACUGCCCCUAAAACACAUGACCAACUGCAACCUGGACAGAAUCAGGGUCUGGGGAGCAAAGAAGAAGGGGGAAAUGCCUGGGUAGACAACUAGCAGUGUCUGGCACACCUUCUUAAAUGUGCCAGAGUAUGUUGUUACUUGUGUCCAGAGUUGCCCACUGCAUGGUUGUCCUCAACAUGCUCCAUCUCAGCUCUACCAUCAAGACCCCUGUGCCCAGUCCCCACGAUGGGACACCAUUCUUUCUUUUGAGCACCACUGCAGGGAAAAUAUGCACUUUGCUCAAGGCUGAAUAGUUAUAUGAAGCUUUGAUGAAAGUUUGGGGUAAAAGGAAAGUGUUACACGGGAGGGGGAAAUUUUGAAGAUGCUCAUAUUAAAUAUAAUUUUCUCACAGUGUAAGAAACCCUGCACAAGGCUGCUCACGAGCAUGCCAUGUUCCUAAUGUCACUGCUUGGCCCUGAGGUCUGGACCUCCAUGAGAGAGUGACAUGAUCCAUUCAUGUUUAAGCCCUGUCACACACUGGCUGCUGUUGGGGGAAUGACUGCGGGGACCGGUGGAGGGAGCAGGGAGCCCUGUUAGGAGGGCUCAUGUACCAUGAAGAAUGGGAUCCAGGAGAGAGAUGAUAGAGGCUCUUGGGAGGUGCAAGAUAGGGGUCAGUGGUUCCUGGAGAGGUAAUGGUGAGAGCAGAUUCACGGUGACAGGAACACAUAGAAGUGUCUGGGGACAGCGAGUGGUGUGUUGGCUGGAGCUUAGAGGUUCGGGAAGGGCAGCUAUGGGAGAUGAAGCUGGAAAGAGGGUUGGCACAGGACUCUUGGAGUCUGGGUUUUCUGCUGCAGACAGGAGGGAGCCUUCUUCCACAGGACUGGGGCUCAGCUUCAGGAAGUGAGGCUGGCAGUGGGGGCAGGAUGGAGGGAGGAUGCAUGAGCACCCAUGAGGAGGUCCUGGCUGGCUGCUGGGGACUGAUAGCAGAGGUGAGAGUUAGGCUCUAUGAGGCUGUGGUUCCCACACUUUAUCUCUGAUUGCUGAGUGCCUCUAUGCCUGAAAAACCAUGGCUGGGGCUCUGCUCAGCCCUCACUCCUAGGAGGAGCCACUCCAGGUUCUCAGAUAGUGAGAUAAGCUGGUGCUCUGCACCAGGGCUGAGAUCCACCCUGAUUCCAGCUCCCAAUCCCUUCCUCACCCUGGGAGGGUCUGACAGUUGAUCCCCAGGGCCUCCCUGACUACAUACUUCUGCACCCAGUUAACCCUUCUGGGCUGAGGUGGAAAUCUGAGCCUCAGCUCUCAGAAGAGAGGUUGUGGGAUUGGCAGAGGGGCACAGGGAGCUCCACAGGGAGCAGUCAUCCUCUUCACUCCAGGAGCUCGGCAAAGGCUGGCUUUGGCCUUAGCCCAGAGAGAAUGCUAGAAAGAAGGCAGGGACAGAGUGAGACCAGUAACCAAACUCAUUCAGGACCUCCUAUCCCCAUCCCCACCUCACCUAUCUGCCAUGCUUUUUCUUUAGUUCACUGCUCAGUUUGGGCUGAGCACUAGUCAUGUUGCUUUCCCUCUGGGUAGUUCUAAGCUAUUUAUUUAGCUGAUCCCAGGCUCAGUUUACCCAUCCAUACAAUGGAGGCCCCCAAGCUGCACUCCACCCCUAACCCUCAACCCCCACCUUCACCCCCCCCCCGCCUCGAUCUGAUUACUUCCAUUUCCACAUUGCCUUUUAUGAAGAAGAUGAUCAGUUGCAGUCUCCCUUGGGUUCUAGUCUGGCUUGGACACUUAUAGCUGUGAGAGCUUGGGUAAGUCACGUGUCCCUUCAGCUCUAUAGAAGCUCUGUACACUCUCACGGUAUUCCUAUUCAUUCCUGUUAUUGAAAACGCGUGUGAGCACUGAGUUGAGAGUCCUGGUUCUCCCAGUGAGUUGCCGUGUGAUCCUGGGAAGAGAGGCCAGUUUGGGCUCUGCCCCCAUUCUUCAUGGUACAUGCCCCUUGUCUGAACCCCUUUUCAUAAGGGACAUUUUCUUCCCCAGUUCUCCUGUCAUGCCAACCCCACCCGGGAGUCAGCACUUCUCAGGAGCAGAAUGAGCACAGAAACCAAAUUCUCCAGAAAGGUGUGUGUGUUUGGGGCAGGUGAGGAUUCAUUAGGGUGCCCUGAAUCUCGGGCUGUCUAAGCGGCACACAAAAUGCUCUACUAUAGGAUCCCUCGGCCCAGAGGGACACAGAAAUGGGGCCUCUUCAUGCUGACUGUUGUGUUCCGAGAAGAGAGCUUCAUUUUUCUCCUAAAUCACCAACUAGCCCAGACUUGGGCUUGGAGCCACCACGUUUAAUUCAUACUUGGGCAAAUGACUGCUGCUUAGGGAAGGUACAGUGACUAGAACCCAAGGUCCCCAAAGUGGCUCAGCAGGGAGUCAGGAGCCUGGGUUCCUGCCCUGGCUCUGACCCCACAGCUUUCAAGAUGAUUUCUGAUACACUCUGGUUGAAUGUCACUGUCACAGUCACCUGUAAGACUGGCAACAUGAGGUAAGAUACAUUCUAAGAGCUAGGAUUCCAAGACUCUAAGUUACAGCCAAGGGAGGAGGUGAAGGGCUCCACUCUGGCCCUCUCUUCUCUCUGCAGCCAUCUCUGGUUGGGGUUCUUGCUCAGAAACAGGAGGCUACUGGAAGUUGUUCUGGGGUCUCUGAUCUCAACAGCAUAACACAUGUUUUCCCCAUUUCUCUAAAGCCCUGCCUCUCUGUUUAGGGCAUAUGAACUGCUGGAGGGUCUUGCUGAAAUGCAGGUACCCAGUAGAUCUGGGUAGGAUCUGAGAUUCUGCAUUUCUAGCAAGCUCUCAGGGAUGCCCAUGCAGCUAGUCUGUGCCCCACAGACUUAGAGCUGCAAGGCCUGAGGGCCUCAGGCUUUUGAGUAAAACAGCGAGGAGGGCAAGCCUCCGCUGUCAGCCCUUGGAGAAGUGCAUUCUGGAUUUGAAUGAUCAAAAAAAGAGGAGUUCAAGAAUGUGAGGGUGGAAGGGGACCUGCCAUCUAGCUUUGUAGAUAGUGAAACUGAGGCCUACCCAGUGCAGGAAGGAGCUUGUUCAAGAUCUCACAGGGUUUCACUGACAAAGUUGAGACUCAGGCCUCUUGCUUAAGAAAAACAAAAAUAAAAACGAAAACUAGAAAAGAUACUCACUGAGGUGUUUGCUGUGCUUUCCCUGGGUGAACUAUGGGUUCCUUUGAUUCUAAGUGUUUUUUUUUUUUUUUACAAUGAACAUGUACCAAUUUUGUAAUUAGAAAAAAUUAAUUUUA